ACUCACCCUUUCUCAUCCACCCCCGAAAAUGACAACAUGGCUGUCUUUGAAAAACGGAAGUCCAUCAAACUCUCACUUGAUGACACUGUGCCGCUUCAGUGUAUGAUAGAACUUGCUCAAAAUGUCAAGGAUCAUACAGAAUAUGUUAUACGAGUACAGCGUGGACCCCUUUCAGAAAACAACUGGACAGUUACAAAACGCUAUAGUGACUUUGUGGCCUUGGAUGCCAUCUUGAGAGUAUCAGGAAUAGACCUGCCGCUGCCUCCAAAGAAAGUCUUUGGAAAUAUGGAGAGAGAGUUCAUAGCAGAAAGAAAAACAGGAUUACAGGUCUAUCUCAAUACCCUCGUUUCAAAUCCAUUUCUUGCACCCACCGUUGAGGUAAAGAAGUUUCUGGACCCUCGCAAUUAUUCAGUCAACUUACAAGAGGUGGCUUUGCAGCAUGUUUCCAUGUAUUUCCGAUCAGAACAAGGAUGGGAAGUGGUAGAGCCUUUACCAGACUUUGGGUGGAGAGUGCGUAAACAAUACUUCAUGGUGCGACCACCUGGACAGCCUAAAUCUCUAGAGGUGAUGCAUUGGACUGGGUUCGGUCCUGAUCAAUACAUUCCAGUAAAAGAACUUGCUGCCAUCAUGAAGAUACUGCCAACAUUACAACAUCCCUACAUUUGUCCAAUAUCACAUGCUGCUGCCACUGAAAAUGGAGGAAUGACAAUCCGACCAUUCAGAGAAAAAGGAACUUUAAAAGAUCAUAUCUAUAAGGCCAAACCAAAAAUGCCAUAUCUGAGGAAGUAUGGGAAACAAAAAGCUAAUAAUACUCCACAGUUGUUAGAGAUCAAAACAUAUGGAAGACACAUCCUGGAGGCUGUUAAGUUCUUACAAGAAAAAGGUGUGCCAUAUGGUCAUCUUCAUUCAGGCAAUGUGAUAAUUGAAAAUGGUCAUUGUUUAUUGUUAGACGUUGAAAACUCAUUACUUGGUCUCCCUCCAAUUCACAGACAUCAUAUUGCAAACUUCAAGAAGAUCCAGACAUUUGAGAGUAUUGAUGUGUUCAACUUUGGUCACCUGCUGUAUGAGAUGGCUUUUGGUGAACCAUUGACAACUGCUACGUUAGAUUUCCUUCCUCCCACAUGCCCUCCACAGCUAAAAGACGUCCUGGAAUCAAUACUUACACCUGACUCAUGUAAGAACGGCUUGCCGGUGAUAACAGACCUUUUAGCAAAUCCUUUAUUCAGUGAUGUGUACCUGUCUCCCUCAGAGAAGCCAGUGCUUAAAAUUCCGAGUAAAUUGAAAGAGGUUCUGAGAUCAUCCAAAGAGGAGACAGAGAAGAGACUUCGUGAAGAUCAGAAACUGAUCAGUCAAGUCAAGCGGCGAUCAAAAGCUCAAGCAUAUCACGCAGAAGAGGAGAAGAAAAAUAGAAAGAAAAAGCGCUCAUCUAAGAAAUUUCACAGCACUAUCAGUGAAACGGAUGGCAGCAGUACAACAACAACCCCUCCAACGUCGCCAACGCCAUCUACACCUACGUCGCCAAUGUCCCCGACAUCGCCAGGUCCAUCUGCUCCGACUCCGCCACCACCUCCACCAAUAGGAGGUGCGCCCCCACCUCCGCCUCCACUGCCACAAGCAGCACAGACAUCACCGGCGCCACCCGCAGCCUCUGGUGCAAGAGGUGCUCUUCUUGGCUCUAUCAGUGGAUUCAACAAAGGAGGGCUCAAAAAGACUGUCACUGUUGAUAAAAGUGGGCCAAAGAUUUGAGGAGGCUCUUUAGGAACGACUAGGUCAUUGGACUGAUAGCUUUGUUAUAGGAAAAGCAGAGGCCAAUUGCUGAGAGGCCUUUUUCUCGUAGAUCAUCUUUUUGACAUUGUUUGGGCUUGAUUGCACUGUGGCUUGUCAUAAUGUUCAAAUAUCAGUGACUAUUUUGUGAAUGACUGGCGCAGCACGGCACCUCUUGGUGUUUUAAUGAGACAUAUCCAGGAAAAGGAAAUAGUGAAAGAAGUGAUGUUAGGUGCUAGGAUUUGAUAUGAACUUGCUAUCAAAUACAUUAGUGCCAAAUUGACUCUAUUCUUGGUUCAGAUGGCGGACCAGAGGUAUAGCUUCGAAUGUGUUGUGCUGUAAAUAUUUCCUGGUUUACCGUGCAUCCGUUUCAAGUUUAAGGGGGAAUAUAGGCACGAGCUAGCUGUCCAUCAGGACUUUGUACAGUUGACAAGUAUACUGUGAUUGUGGUUGAUUCAGCGAUACUUAUAUUCCUUCGUAACUUAAUUAGACCUAUUUGGCUCCUGCCUAUAGGCUCCCUUGUGUAAACGGAUGGACAUGGACAGGGCCUUUUUUGUAGGCUGUGAUGUUCAACCAACAGUAAUGAGUGUUGGUCUACAUGCUAAUAACAUAUCCGUGCUUUCACUCCUCAAUAAAGGGUAGAAUUUGGUUUUCUUUGCGUUCUAGUAUCUGUAAUAGUAUAUGCUUGUUUCAAAAUACUCUGAUUCUGCAUAUAAUGAAGUGAAACUGACUGGUUUGAAGUCUCAUUUUCCCACAGACCAGUUUCAAAGUAUGAACCAACUCAUGAAAAGAAAAUAAUUUUUUCUUGGGCCUUAGAUACAUGUAGGCUGGACAUCUGAGUCGUUGUCAUUACUGUCGUAGGCAUCAUGACUCUGUUUCUUGCCUUUAUGAUGCAAAGGCCCGAAGAAUAACCCUUUUUGCAACUGGUCUCGGGGAGAAUUUAUGCUAGAAACAGACCAGUCAAGAUGGCUGUGUGUUGUAUAUUGAGAAACAACAGCUUUUCUCCUGUUAGUUUGUCCCGGGGUCAUUGGGCUCCGUUGAGCGUGGAACAAAAUAUCUUUCUUAGAUUUCAGCAUAAGAGUGUCCAUGAUUUGGCUUUAGUCUUGCUUUCAUGUUAUGUUACACUGUUACAAUCAUGGUCAAGAAUUAUAAUUGUACAAAACCUGUUGAUUGGUAAAAUGUAUAUUGAUAAAUUUUAUCAUUAGAUGUUGUUUAUUUUUAUGAAAGAUGAAAAUAUUUUUAUGAAAUCUUAGGCGUAUCAAGCAUGGUAUUGAAGCGGUAUUAUUCUGUUUGCUGUAAAUAUUACCAACUUUAUGAGUUAAGGGUGUCAAUCUAUUGAGCAUUUACCGGUUGAAUCCUCGCAAACUUGAGUACACGUUUGGCGCUUCUUAGUUUACACGUAGGAUCCCAUUUUGUUAUUCUCAAAUAUCCAAUAUAGGCCCGACCUGGUAAGGAGAAAGGGUACAUGUACACAUGUGAUAGAAUAUAUCUCAAAUAUACAGCCUAAACUUUUCAACCACCAAAUUAUUGUGACCGAGUACAGCAAGAUCAGUUAUAUAUUGCCAGACGGAAAUAGAGUAACUUAGUGCCACCUGAUGUAAGUUAUUGAGCAAAGGGAUUAGAAAAAUGUAUGUAAUGGAAAAUGCAUUUAUCUCUGCCAAUUCUUUUGGCUACCAAAUCGUUCAUGCUGUAAAGCCAUUGAGAAUCUCUGCAUCAUUCUGUAAGGUGUAGGUAUUUAAAAAAAGACACUUGCUCCAUUUCCAUUUUGUGGUGAAUGUGACUCAUUUUGCUGUCCUGGGUGGUGUCCAACUAUCAGAACCGGCUAAAAUAAACUAUUUCACAAUAAUUACUUCUUUAUUUGUUUGAUGAGUCAUCUAAAAAUUUGUAAUGGUAAAAAAUUAAAUGAAAAGGAAGUAUGGUGCAUCAUGUUCACAGCCAACAAAAACUGACCUAAGACUUGAAUUUUCUCAAUUGACAUAGCAC